AUGACAGAACUUAAUUGCAAAUACCUUCUAGGCAUAUGUUAUUCAUGUCAAAAAUGCUUAUAUUGUUUUAAGCUUUCACAGCAAGAGCCAUGUAAAUGUGAUAAAAAUAAACAACCAAAAAGAACUAAAUAUCCAAAACGCAGACAACAAAUAUAUCAACGAACUUAUAAACCAGAUUCAUUAUUUCCAAAAGCAAAUAAAUAUCUGUUUGAUGCCAAUGACAAGUUUGGUUAUAACAGUAACUUUGAAGAACCAUUUUCUUAUACCUUUUGUAGUACUUGUAAUAGCCAAAUUCAAUGGUAUAGAAAUGCUGACAAAAAAGUCCAACAAAUUCAAAUAAAACAAAAUGAUAAUAAAGUUACUCCAAGUGAUUUAUCAAAUGAAAAAGAAGUUGAGAACAUUGAUAAAAAAGAAAAUCAUCAAAUAUUCUCUUUGGUAAGUAGUGAUACUGAAGAGGAAGAUGAUGUUGAUGAUAUCGAAGUUGAUAAUGAUGAAGAUAGUGAUCUUGAAGAAUUGAAAGUGCAGAUAAUUGUUAAAAGUAAAAAUAUAAAAGCAUCUAUAGCAAAAACUCUGAAUAUUGAACCUGCCAGCUAUGAAAAUAUUAUGGAAAAAAUAAAUUCAGUAGUUCAAAAGACUUUGAGGAAAAAAGUCAUAUCAAAAGAUUAUAUUGUAUCAUAUAAAGCAGUAAAUGCACGUGAACCUUCAAAUGAACUUGAAGAUGAGUCAGAUUUUCAAGAAUUUAUUGGUGAAUACAAAAGAAGUUCUGAUGAAAGUGGAUUUUCUUCUGCUGAAGAAUUACAGGGUAGAAAGAAGAAAAAAUCACGUGCCAUUCGUGAAGAUGACUUAACAAAAGAAGAAAAAACAAGAUCUGAAGAUGAUCGGCAUUUGCAGCUCAAUCCUGCUAGAUUACAACUUUGGGCACAAGAAAUAAUAAAUAAAGGAGCUACCUACGAAGUACUUCUAUCUUAUCCAAUAUUUGAUGCAAAAUCAAGUGUAUCUGUCAACAAGAAUAAUUUGACAACUCAAACACAAUCAACAUCAUGUAAUUCUAAUAAUACAAAUAGUAAUAUUCAUUUAGCAUCACCAAAUACAUUACCUUCAAUUGGUGAUUUUCUCAAUAGCUUAGAUCAAAAACAUAAUUGUAAUGUAUACUCUAACUUUGAGAAUGCUUUUCUUGAAGAGGAAAUCACUGUAAAUGUUAUCAGAGAUUUAUCAGAUGAUCAAUUAAGAAAAUUAGGAGUAGUAAAAAUUGUGUGGCAGAAAAAUAUCAAACAAGCAGCUCAACGAUUUGAAAUAUAUUAG